AUGUACUUUCGUCGAUCUAGCACCGCGCCCUUAGUCUCUGGUUCUUCUACAAUGAGCCGGUCCCAUUCUGCAUCUGAAAGCCGCAUUCCCGACCAUUUGAUCCAAGCUUUUCGCAUAGCAUUACCUGUUAUCGAAAAGACCCUUGCUCUCGAACUACCGCCAGAUGUAGUCAACCUGUGCAUUCAACAGCUCACAAGCCUGCCUACCAUUAUGCAGAACACAUCGUCGCCCUCGAUGCAAAAGAUGCCUACCUCAAAUACCUUUUCUCGACUUUCACAUUGGAUCAGAAAUUCCUUGACCAGAAAUCGAAAGACGGUCGUAUUUGCUGAGAAAUCAGAGGACCUAAAAGCCGAACAUAUCAAAUUAGAAGUUAAAUCUGAUACUCCUUGUAGAAAGAAUACUGUGAACUCUCGAUACUCUGAAGAUAUUUUGUGUCAAAAGAACAAAAAGGUGGAAACGGAUCCAAAAAUUCCGAUUUCUGUUGUUUCACCCUCUCCAAAGGAUUUGGCAGUCGCUCCGCAGUACAAACACAAGGAGAGGUACAUUGCCUUUGAAGAUCUCGUUGAUCCCAAUAAUGCGUACGAUGAUUAUGAAGACGACAAUAGCACAGAAUACACAGAGAGUAUUAAGUAUCAUCCAGACGAUGGAACGAGAUUCUCUCCCCAUUGUCAAAAAGGGAUCAUUGCCGACAAAAGCCAAAAUAAUAGUGAUACCGAGCAAGAUGAUUAUAGUGCAGAUUUGAUCUCUUCAAAGAUGGACUAUUGUUUACGACUAUCUGAUACAAAAGUCAGUACCGAAGAACUAUCUUCUUUGGUUAGCAACAAACCCGCCUCACCUUCCAAGAAAGCCUUGAAAGUCAAGCGCAACAUCUCCGGCAUAUUCACUAACUUUGGAAAGAGAGUCCGGGGAGUAUUCAAGCGCAAAGGAAUCAGAUCUUCUACAGUCUCGCCGUUAGAGCACGAUCCAGUUCCAGAUUUAGUAGAAAACGACGAGAGCAACGUUUCUAUGAGUACCCGGGAAACUUUGGAUACAGAUGUUGAUGACACGGUAUCGACCAAAUCUCGUCAUAAUCGUGAGAUUUCCGAUGGAUAUACGAAGGGGAUCAAGGCCAAGCUUUUAGAUUUGGAUCAGGCCUUGAUGUUGUGGCUUAACGCGACAAAAGAUACAUAUGAAACCAGGACGCGCACACACCAAUCGAUGGAGUACGAUACAUCUGAUUCAGGGUCUCAGGAUUUGAGUCUGGACAGCCUAGUAAAGAUGACUACAAAACACCAUGCCUUAGAGACGCUUUUAGCAAAGGCUACCGGGCAGAUUCCGCCAGAUAUUCUUCAAGUUAGCAUAGUGGAGCUGUUUCCGACCCUAUUUAAUACAGACUUCAAUCAUUUCGAGAAUUUCAAAGAGGUAGUGGAAUAUACACAGCGCAUUGGUGAAAUUGACUAUGCUUCCCAAUGGCUGGUUCCGGAUAUUUCAUGGAAAAAUGUGCUUCUUGUAUCGAAUGGUGUAUUUGGGUUUGAAAAGCGACUUGAUCUUAUACCAAAGUGGACACAAAAGACUUUAUUUAACAUGGCAAAUGAUCGACAACAGCUUCUUAUCCAACUAGCCAAAAUUGUGGGGGAGCCGAUAUCAGAGACUAUCAAUGACAGACUUUUUAAUAUUCUUGGAGAUCUUCACACGCUUGAGAUCAGCAACCCGUCAUAUGAAGCCCUUAAGGCACAUUAUGAGAUGGCAAUCGAUACAUGCGACCAGCUGGCUCAAGAUUACCUGUUGUAUGGUUACGAAAAGGGCAUGUUAAAUAGCGUUCAAGGCGGCUAUGUGUUUGAGGUAACUCAUGAUUACCUACCUGACUGGAACCUAAAGAGUCUCCGCGCACUUGGUGGAAGCCGGUCCUUCAUCUGUCGCAAACUUACUUCCCUUUGCCAACAGGGAUCUUGGGAAGAAUCGGACCAAGAUUCAGGGGGAUAUAGUGAUGAAGAUGACAUGAAUUCAAUUGACCAGGAAAACAGUCAGCAUGCUACUCUACAAGACUUACAAUUUGAUGGCAGUCCCCCACUUCAGCAUCCUUCACACUGGGCAUCAUAUACAUCCGAUCUAGCCUCUCAGUUUCUCGAGGCUACGGCCAGUCUGAUUCCUAUAGAGGUUGCACAGUCAGUACUCAAGGAUGAUUCUGCUUCUUCGUUUUACCAAGAAAAUGUAUUUAAUAUUCAUGACGAGCAGACAUAUUUCCAAUUCACUGGCAAAGGCGAUUUUGACAUGCAGUGGCAAAAACACUUUCGCGCCAACCAUCAAACAUCGGCACAGCUUGGAUCAAUCUUACGCAGUAUUUCAUGGGCUCUAUAUGACAAGAUAUGUACUAGCCAUGCUCAAAGAAUAUUUAAUCAUGAUCCUGUUUUUACUAAGCAUCCUUACUUGCUUCCUGGAGGUUACCGGUCCAAUCCUGAUUUAUACAGUGUCUUGCCAACCUCUAAUUGGCAAGACAUUUAUGAGCACUUGUCCUUUGUAGUGAACUGCGGUGAGCUACAUGCUGAGCAUUUAGUUAUAACUUAUAUUUAUGUUGCUCGUAUGCUGGACAUGUCUGGGCAGCGUUUAUGUGAUACAAACUGGCGUAUGAUUACUAUGGUUGGGUUGCUUUUGGCAGUCAAGGUCUGGGAUGACUACGCCGUUUACAACUCUGACUUUGCCCAAAUCUACUCGGAUCUUGUUGUAGAAGAAAUUAACCACACCGAGCUUGUGUUUCUGUCCAAACUACAAUAUAAUGUUGGUGUAAACUGCUAUGAGUUUGCUAGAGCUUAUUUCUCUCUAAUCAAGGUGGAGAAUACUAUAUAA